CCUACUAAUGUCUCUUUGUGCUGAUAGACACGUCAUCGACAGUCCACAACAUCCAAGAUGGCGGCGUCGGUGCGCGACAAGCAGACAGUGGCUCUGAGGCGCAUGUUGAACUUCAACACUCCUCCCGUGAAGAACGCCGCAUCCGAGCCAGUAUGGAAGGUGCUGAUCUACGACCGCUUCGGCCAGGACAUAAUCUCACCUCUGCUGUCUGUCAAAGAGCUGCGGGACAUGGGCGUCACCCUGCACCUCUUGCUCCACUCGGACCGAGAUCCCAUUCCUGACGUGCCGGCCAUCUACUUUGUCAUGCCCUCGGAGGAGAACGUCGACAGAAUGUGUCAGGACCUGAGGAACCAGCUGUACGAAUCGUACUACCUGAACUUCAUCUCGGCCAUCAGCCGAAGCAAACUGGAGGACAUCGCCGGUGCUGCCUUGGCCGCUAAUGCCGUCAGCCAGAUCACCAAGGUUUACGACCAGUACCUGAACUUCAUCACGCUCGAGGAUGACAUGUUUGUCCUGUGCCAUCAAAACAAGGAGCUCAUCUCGUAUCACGCUAUCAACCGGGCGGACGCACAGGAUGCCGACAUAGAGGCCAUCAUGGACACCAUCGUGGAUAGCCUCUUCUGCUUCUUCGUCACCCUUGGCGCUGUGCCCGUCAUCCGGUGUCCCCGUGGCAACGCGGCAGAGAUGGUUGCCGUGAAGCUGGACAAGAAGCUGCGUGAAAACCUCCGCGACGCCAGGAACAGCCUGUUCACGGGAGACAACAUGGCCGCCGGGCAGUUCAGCUUCCAGAGGCCGCUGUUCGUCCUGGUUGACCGCAACAUGGACAUGGCCACACCCCUUCACCACACAUGGACAUAUCAGGCGCUCAUCCAUGACGUCAUGGACUUCCACCUCAACUGGGUGGUGCUGGAGGAGGGCGCGGUGGCCGAGGCGUCCCCCGCCGGCGCCAGACCCAAAAAGAAGAGCCGCCGCACGUACGACCUGACGCCCGCCGACAAGUUCUGGCAAAAGCAUAAGGGCAGUCCCUUCCCGGAGGUGGCCGAGUCAGUCCAGGAGGAGCUGGACGCGUACCGGGCGCAGGAGGACGAGGUCAAACAUCUGAAGAGCAUCAUGGGCCUGGAGGGCGAGGACGAGGGCGCCAUCAGCAUGCUGUCCGACAACACCGCCAAGCUCACGUCGGCCGUCAGUUCUCUGCCCGAGCUGCUGGAGAAGAAACGCCUGAUUGAUCUGCACACCAACGUGGCCACGGCCGUGCUGGACCACAUCAAGAGCCGAAAAUUGGAUCUUUAUUUUGAAUAUGAAGAAAAACUGAUGAGCAAGUCGACUUUGGACAAAUCUCUCCUGGACAUCAUCAGUGACCCGGAUGCGGGGACUCCGGAAGACAAGAUGCGACUCUUCCUCAUCUUCUUCAUCACAGCUCAGCAGCCUCCUUCCGAGUCUGACGUGGAGCAGUACAAAAGGGCCAUGCUGGAUGCUGGCUGUGACCUGUCGCCCCUCACCUACAUCAAACAGUGGAAGGCCUUCACCAAGAUGUCCGCCACCCCCGCCAACUACGGCAACAGCGGAGUCAAGCCCAUGGGACUCUUCUCACGAGUGAUGAAUAGCGGCUCUCAGCUGGUGAUGGAGGGAGUGAAGAACUUGGUGCUCAAGCAGCACAACCUCCCGGUGACGCGAGUCCUCGACAACCUGAUGGAGAUGAAGUUGCACGCUGAAACGGACGACUAUCGCUACUUUGACCCAAAGAUGCUGCGUGGCAGCGAAAGCUCCAUUCCCAGGAACAAGAACCCUUUCCAGGAGUUUGUAAAAAGCUUUUCAGAAAUUCUCCAGAAGGGAAAAAGCCAGUUAGUGUUGCAUCAUCACACUCAUGACCUUGUUGUCCUCGAGGCCAUCGUCUUUGUGGUGGGUGGCGGAAACUACAUUGAGUACCAGAACUUGGUGGACUACGCCAGGUCAAAAGCAGGCAAGAAGAUCCUUUACGGCUGCAGUGAGCUGUUCAACGCGUCGCAGUUCCUCAAACAGCUCUCCCAGUUGGGCCAAAAAUGAGGUGGCAGACCCCAAAUAACAUUUUAGCCUGUGAGCAGAAGUGCUUGGGAUGGAUGAGCGCAUCAAUUGCUGUUGACUGGGUGGAUGUUGUCCAGCAGCAUCAAUACAAAAGAACUUGACCAACCCUCUUUUUUAAAGUGUGUUGCUUUUGGAAGAUGUAUCUGAGGAAACCCUGUCUGUCAAUCACCCCAUAAAUCAUUAUGUAGAAUAAAAAUCGUCGAGCCUCA